GAAUUGAAGACAGAUAGUAACAGAGACAAGAGAAGACCUCGCUUACUACACUCUCGUCCGACUCUCUGGCAUCCGGAAGCAGGGGGGACACCAGGCGGGGUCUGCGACUCCUAAUAGCUAGAUCGGGAGCAGACAACAGGGAGGAAGGACACCAGGAGGCAAAAACAUGGAUAAUCCGUGCAGAACCGGGAGUGGCAGACCGCCGCGUCCCCCUCAGUCAAGGGAAGACGUAUCCAGAGUUAGAGAGUCGGUGAGCAGGUGCUACGAUGAUGGGAUGUGUCCAGAAGGAGACAAUUUGGGAAGGCUGGUCGAAGACGAGGAAGGGAAAAGAUUUGUUGUGAACGAGGCGAUAGACAAAGUGAAGGAACAAUGGCUUAAAGAGAGAUCAGUUAUAGUAACGUUCGAGGGCAAAGCCAAGAAUCUGUCGAGGUCUGUUAAGGAGGACCUCAUAAGAGCGUAUGAAGAUGGAUGGACUGCGGAACGGCUAUUUCAACCUGAGGCAAGGAGGGAGAGAUUGAAGUUUGAAGGUCAAAACGUCGCCUCAUACGUAGCGAAAUCCAAGGAAAUCGCUGAAUGGCUCAUUCGUCAGAAGGAACUGAAGAUAAAUCUGGAGCAAAUAGAAUACUUGGUGACGUUCAAACCCAGACUGUCAAAACAAGAACUCCAGGAUGUUCGCACCCUGGAAGCGGAGACAAGGUUCUGGAUUAUGGCCCUGAGAGUCCCGCUAGAUGCCUAUUACUACCUGAAGGGUGCGGUGAUAGCCUACUUUGGGGAAGUGCUAGUCGCACACAGCCCUGAAUACGACAGAGAUCGGUCGAAGCUCAUGAACGUUAAGUUUGACAUGCCCCCGGCAGCAAGAGGCAUGAGUUGGUUAUCGAAUCUCCGAAGGGGUCCCACUGGAAGGUGGAGAUUGCAACACCUUACACGGACUGGUGCAGGCGAUGUAGAUGGUAUUUCCAUACGGAAGACACCUGUCCAAGAAUUAGGAUGGAGUUGGGAAGAAGGGGCAAUGGCAAACGGCAGGGGGGACAUAGAGGUCGGGGCAGCGGAAAGGGCAAAAUUCUUCGCAAGGUUGAUGCUUCAUGUCCCCAAGGCAGACAGGCUGCUACUUGCUGGUGACUGCAAUGUGUCACUAGACGAAGCCCUGAGACCCGGCGCACCGACAGCGAAUAGGGGGGACGUGAGGACAGUGUUGGAAUUCAUCACGGAGCUGACGCUGGUGGACCCAUUCCCGAUUCUGAACCCAGACGACCGAGGUUACACCUGGACUUCUCAUCUGCAGUGGGAUAGACAGACGGUGACCAGAAGGCGCAUUGACUACUUCUUACUUUCAGAGCAGGUGAUGGACAGAGUCACAUCCGUCAGGCACUUCUGCCACCCGAUUUUCGAUCACAAACCGGUAGUGGUGGAUCUUAGACUGAUUAUGGGCUGCGAAAGAGGGAGAGGCUUCUUUCGCUUAAACAUCCAGGUGCUAAGGGUCCCCGGAGUGGAGGAAUGGGUGUCAGAUCACAGGACCAGAUGGGAGGGAGCUAGACAUCUGUUCAACUCCUAUGCAGAAUGGUUGGACGGGGGCCUGGCUAUUACGUCCGGGGUGCUUGACGUGAUCUCAAGAAUUCUGGCAAGGACUAGGAACGAAAGGGAGGCGGACUGUAUGAAGAGGGUGGAAGAGGCGGAAGACCGCAUGGAGGGUCACCCUAUCUCGUGGUUGGUAUGGGCCUCAGAACGGGAAAGGAGGCUUGCGGAGUGGGACAACAUCCAAGAGGAGAAGCAAAAGCAAUGGACGGAGGUACUGAAAGUGAAGGGGAUCGAGACACACGACAAAAUGACAAAGGAGACGUUCCAAAAACUCCAACCAAGCCGUUUGCAGCAGCAGAUGAUUGAGCUCAAGCACCCGUUCGCUGAGUCCGCACCUCCAGCCUAUUCCGCAACGGGGAUGCUCCAGUAUGCAAGGAUGUACUAUGAGGACAUACUGACUUCCAGACGACCGCAGGACAGGGUGAACGUGGACCUGUCAAGUGGGACAGACAUGUGGGACAGCACAACUGUGAAACUGCAUACGUCAGCCAAGCUGGACCUGGACAGACCUUUUACCGUGGAAGAACUCUCCCAAUCGUUGAAGUCUAUGGCGAAGGGAAAGUCUCCAGGAGUAGAUAGUCUCUCGGUGGAGUUUUACGCAUCAAACUGGGGGGUGCUUGGCCCGUUACUAGUGGAACUGUGCAAUGAGGUGCUAGUAGGGGGUAAGCUGGGCAAGGGAAUGACGCAUGGGGUGAUCACGGUCAUGUUUAAGAAGGGAGACAAAUCGGAGGUCCGAAACUGGCGUCCAAUCUCCCUUCUAAACGUCUCUUACAAAAUUAUGGCGAAGGCGUUGGCCCAAAGGUUGUCCAAAUACCUUCCGGAGCUGGUGGAGAAGGACCAGGGGGCUUUUGUGCAGGGGCGGUCUAUUUUUAACAAUAUUGUGACAGCCAUAGAAUCCCUCGAGUUGAUCCAGGAGGAGAACCGUGAUAUGGCGGUUCKCCUUCUGGACCUGGAGAAAGCAUACGAUAAGGUAGGCUGGGCUUUCGUUCUCACCACCUUGCGGAGAAUGGGAUUUGGCGAAGGCUUCUGCGCCUGGGUCAUUGCGAUGUACACCUUCUCCUCAUCGGCAGUCAUGAUUAACGGCCAUUUGUCCGCUCCUUUCCAAUUAUCAAGAUCGCUACGUCAAGGGUGUCCACUCGCCCCGCUCAUCUUUGUCCUGCAACUAGAGGUUCUAUUGAACAAGAUCCGAUCACACCCCGACAUCAGAGGCAUCCAGUUACAUAACGGCAUGGACUGCAGGGUCAAAGCUCUCGCUGAUGAUCUGCUCUUAGUCAGCGAGAAUACAGUCGCCUCUCUCUCAACCCUCAAAGGGGUGAUGUGCGAGUACGCGGAGCUAUCAGAGGCAACGGUCAACUGGAACAAAUCCACCUACCUUUUACCAACUCAAUUCUCGUUGAAGGUAGAGUGGGGCAUGAGAAGGGUUGAAGAAGGGGAGGAGGAGAGAUUCCUGGGGAUCUGGAUAAGUCUACAGAUUGAUGUGUCGGGUCAAGGGUUCCAUCUACAACAGAGGAUCGCUGCACGGCUCAGGUUGUGGGGUUCGGCUUGGCACCUAUCAUUAGUAGGAAGAGCCUUGGUAGCCAGCGUCGCCCUUUUUUCCAUCCUGUGGUUUGUCACCACGGUGAGAGAGCUUGCAAGUGGCAUUAUAAAAGCAGUUCGAAGGCUUGCGGCGCGCUUCAUAUGGAAACCUCGGGCCGGCCAGGAAGAGGGUUUCGUUUCUAAGGUGGCGGUUGAUACCUUGUCCUUCCCACGCGAGGAGGGGGGCUUGGGGCUUAUAGACCCAGCCCGAAGGAAUCAGGCACAGCUGCGUAGCUGGGUGUCCAGGGCGCUGAUGCAAGGCCCAACCGAGCAUUGGGUGGCGCUGGCGGAACAAAUCCUGAUGAAGGAGUGAGACCUUUGCAGACCCAAGGACGUCUGGGCGUGUUUCUUCAUGUCGUCGCUCAGGAAGAAAAGACUAAAGUCAAGCUUCUGGGAAGCAAUACGCAA